AUGAAGAUCGUGGCUUUUAUUCUAUCAGCUUGCCUUUUGGCUCUCUGUGAUGGCCGAGCCCAAAAAAGGUCGUUCAAUUGGGAAAAAGUGCAUGUCGAAUUGUGCAACGCUUUACUGGAGACCGCCACCUAUGAAACAAACACUCUCAUGGAGAUCAUAUACGACUUAAGUUGUAUGCCUGUAGGAUGGAAAGAAUUCUUCAACCGAGAAGACGUCAAGGAAAUGAUGCAAGAUAUAUCCGAUCGCCUCAUGAAUGACUCUCAAAUCCAAGGGUUUGGACUAAAUCCAAAAAUAGGAUGGAUUUUCAGAGCAUUUAAUAUGGUCCCUCCUGACAAAGUGAAGGCCAUAAUCAUGGGUCAAGAUCCAGCUCCUCAACCCGGGCUAGCAACAGGGCUCUCUUUUAGUCUAGAUCCCUCGGUACAUCCCCGACUUGUCCAGAGCGUCUUGAGGGUGGUCCUUGAGGCUCGAAAUGAAGGUUACUGUGUUAAUACUACCCACGGGGUUUUGAUAAAAUGGGCUAAGCAAGGCGUUCUCUUGUUGAAUACAGCUUUGACAUUGAUUCAAGGGGAGAUUGCCUCGCACUUAAAACUGUGGAAAGACUUCAGCUGA